UUUAUUUUCAUAUUUUAUAUUAUUAUAAUAAUUAUAGUAUAAAUUACAUUUUAUUAUUAUUAUUAUAAUAUUAUAUUUAUUAUUAUUAUUAUUAUUAUAAAACAAAACAUUAUUAUUAAAUAAUAAGAACCGCAUAUACAAAAAAACAAAACAAUAUAUAUAUAUAGAAUUAAAGAUGUUAAAUCAAAAUCUUACAAUUAGUCAAGAAAUUGCAGCACAACCAAAAACACAAUACUUUACUAAAGAAGAUGGUGAUACUUUAGUAGUAUUGAUGGAAGAAAACCAAUACAAAGAACAAGCCAACGAAGUUAAAGUUUUACUUAAAUCAGAGCGUUUAAUUGAAAACUCCAGAGUUGAUGCUGAAGUAGAUUGGUUCUAUUGCAAAUUAGGUCUUGAUAGCAAUUACUUUGACAGCACACCAGCUGUUGUUAUUGCUCGUCAUAUCCUUUCACUCUAUGCCGCUAAAAUGGUUUCACACGCCACUGGUGCCAAAUUAGAAGUUCAACUCCACAGUAAAACUGAAGGUUCAGCCACUUUUAUCACUCCAUCAAAUCCAGGUAAAAGAGAUUCACCAGCUAUGAUGAUCGAACAUGCCAUUGAAUCACACUACUUUGGUGAAGGUUAUCAUGAAGAUGAACAACUCCUUAACCCAACCCAAUUUUCAACCACUCCAUUCCUUUCCCCAAAACCAGCUGCUGCUCCACCACCACAUGGUUUCCGUUUAGCUUGUUACCGUACUACUGGUACCGUUUCAAAUUCAUCACCAGUUCAUCUCCGUCUCUAUUAUUUAACCAAACCAGUUUUCCCACAUACCGAUGCUCUUUCUGCCAGCAAAAACGAUGCUCUCUUAGCUAAUGAAACUGAUCUCUACAAAAUUGGUGAUCUUUCAUUCCUCGAAAAAUCAUCAGAUGUCACCAAAAAAAUUUAUCAAGAAGUUAUGGAUGAAGUCGUUGGUAAACUUGGUCCAGUCAUCAAACAUUACCCAUAUCAAGUUAAUGGUGCUCGUUUAGUUAUUGCCUACAGACGUGGUUCAACUCACUCUUACUGGUCAGCUAUUGGUGAAUUAUAUCACUACCACCAAAUGUAUGCCACCCACAAAUAUGUAGAACAAUUUGCUAAUGGUAUCACAAUUUAUUCAAUUUAUUUAAGACCAUUACACCCAGAUGUUGAUAUUAACACUAAAAUUUCAAAGAUUGCUGAACAAGCUUCAUUAGUUUAUGUUUUACCAAGAACUUCAUUAACCUCAUUAUUUUUAACUCAUCAAUUAUCAUUCCCAGAAGUUACUUAUGCUUACGUCUGUUGGAAAUUUGCUUAUCAAUUUUUAAAUAGAUACGCCACUGAAUAUAGCGCUUUAGCUGCUGCAAUUGGUGAUGAUUCAACUAAACAAUCAAUGUUAGCUCAAUUAAAAACUCGUCUUAGCAAAGAUACUUUCACAGAAGGUCGUGUUAGAGAUGCUGUUGUUCAAUACCCAGAACUUAUUAAAGUUCUUUAUCAAGAUUUCGAAAAGUAUCACUUUAACAGUACCUUAAAAUAUGACGUCCAACACGGUACUGAAAUUCUUCAACAAAUUAAAAAAACUGUUAAUAAUGAAUUAGAUAGCCAAAUCUUUUCAGCCAUUCUUUCAUUCAAUCGUCACCUUCUCAAGACUAACUUUUACAAACAAACCAAGACUGCUCUUGUCUUCCGUUUCGAUCCAGGUUUCCUUUCAACUAAAGAAUAUACAUCAACUCCAUUUGCUGUCUUCUUUGUUGUUGGUUCAGAAUUCAGAGGUUUCCACAUUCGUUUCCGUAAUAUUGCACGUGGUGGUAUUCGUAUUAUUAGAUCACAAAACAGCACCCAAUAUGAUCACAACUCUUCAUCAUUAUUCGAUGAAAAUUACAAUUUAGCCAACACUCAACAAUCAAAGAACAAAGAUAUCCCAGAAGGUGGUUCAAAAGGUACUAUUCUUUUAUCUGCAGAUCAUCAAGGUAAAGCUGAAGUUGCUUUCCGUAAAUACAUUGAUUCACUUUUAGAUCUCUUAUUACCAAAUAGUGAAAUUGUCGAUCACUUUGGCAAAGACGAAAUUCUCUUCUUAGGUCCAGAUGAAGGUACUGCUGAUUUCAUGAAUUGGGCUUCAGAACAUGCCAAAACUCGUGGUGCUCAUUUCUGGAAAGCUUUUACUACUGGUAAAUCAUUAAGCAGAGGUGGUAUCCCACACGAUCUCUAUGGUAUGACCACAAGAUCAAUUCAUCAAUACGUUUUAGGUAUCCUUUCUAAACUUGGUUUAGAUGAAAGCAAAUGUACUAAAUUCCAAACUGGUGGUCCAGAUGGUGAUUUGGGUUCAAAUGAAAUUAAAAUCUCUAAAGAUAAAACUAUUGGUAUUGUCGAUGGUAGUGGUGUUCUUUUCGAUCCAGAAGGUCUUGACCGUGAAGAAAUCCUUCGUCUUGCUGGUAAACGUCAAAUGGCUCGUUACUUUGAAAAGAGCAAAUUAAGCGCUCAAGGUUUCUUUGUUGAUGUUCAAGACACUGACUUCAAAUUACCAAAUGGUGAUAUUGUUGAAAGUGGUUUAAUCUUCAGAAAUAAUUUCCACUUAAAUCCACUUUGCACUGCCAAUAUCUUUGUACCAUGCGGUGGUAGACCAGAAUCUGUUCAAUUAACUAAUGUCGAUAAAAUGUUUACCAACUCUGGUGAAUUACGUUUCCCAAUUAUUGUUGAAGGUGCUAACCUCUUCUUUACCCAAAAAGCUCGUUUAAUGUUAGAAGAAAAAGGUGCUGUUAUCUUUAAAGAUGCCUCAGCCAAUAAAGGUGGUGUUACUUCAUCCUCAUUAGAAGUUUUAGCCGCUUUAGCUCUUAGCGACGAAGAGUUUGAUCAACAUAUGUGUGUCAAGGAUAAUGUUGUUCCAGAAUUUUAUGAAGCUUAUAUUAAAGAUGUUCACUAUGCCAUUGAAAACAAUGCUCGUCUCGAAUUUGAAUGUAUUUGGGCUGAACACGAAAUUUCUAAAACUUCACGUUGUAUUCUUACAGAUCUCAUUUCAAAUAAAAUCAAUUCAUUAAACGAUUCAAUUCAAACCUCACCACUUUGGGAUAACAUUGAACUUAGACGUAAAAUCGUUUCAGCUGCUUGUCCAAAAGUUUUAUUAAAUCUCUUAGGUGUAGAUAAGAUUAUGGAACGUGUACCAGUACCAUACGUUAAAGCAAUUUUUGGUGCUUAUUUAGCUAGUCGUUUCGUUUAUCAAUAUGGUUUAAGUAGUCCAGAAUUUGCUUUCUAUUCAUUCAUUAGCAAUUUAACUAAUUAAUAAAUAAUAAUAAUAAUAAUAUAAUAAUAAUAUAUUUUUUUUUUCAAUCAUAUAUAAAUUAAAAUAAAUCAAUUUUACUACUAUAACUACUAUAACUCUAUUUAAUCAUUUGCCAAUAUUAUAAUAUAAAAUAUAAUAAUAAUAAUAAAUUUUAUAAUAUUAAACAUUUUGUAUAUUUAUUUAAAAUUAAU